CACACACACACACCCCACAACUCAACACACUUGGAAAGUCGUCCAGUUAUUGAUCCCAGCGUUGGAGAAGUUAUUUAAUCACGCUCUCUACGAGCCUUGGAUUUGACAUAAAGUGCUGCUAAUACUGUUGCUGCUGCUGCGUAACAGCACAAUAAUCCACUGUCACAUGGCUCCACCAGUUAUGUGUUAGUGUCGCUGCACAGAGGCUCGUUGUGUUAUUAAAAACCGACAUCAUCAGAGAGCAAACGCGCACAGUCGAGCAUCAGCUGACUUCCCGUGUGCUUCUAUUAGAUGAAGCGCAUGUAAAUUAGGCUAAUGCCCUGCUGUAGUUUUCGCCCGUCGCUCUGGCAACGUGUGAUGGGCAGCGGAGGGCAAGUGGAUCUGAGCGGAGUCCAUUCAGUAGAUCCUGUAGCAGGUGUCUGAUGCGUGAACAGAUAAAGAGGAGCGGAGAAGCGCGGGGCAGGGCCGGUGGGCGGAAGGAGGGAGACGGGGGAGGCAGCUGCAGGGUGGGUGGGGAGAGGGAUGUAUUUAAGACGGCGGCGUCCUCGCCUCCCCCAUCAGCCGCCGACGCUUCGCCUCCGCUCCCGACGGCCACGACAGCACCAUCUGCAUCCAGAAUGUCUAUGCCCAACCUGGAGAACGCCUCCACCCUGGAGAACGCCAUGCAGCUCCUGAUCCAGACCUUCCACAAGUACUCGGGGAACGAAGGGGACAAGUACACGCUGAGCCGGGCCGAGCUCAAGGAGAUGCUCACCGCAGAGCUCGGCAACUACUUGGGGAACGCUCAGGAUAAAGAGGCCGUGGACAGAGUCAUGGGCGACCUGGACUCCAACAACGACGGCGAGGUGGAUUUCACCGAGUUCAUCAUACUGGUCGGAGCUCUUACUGUGGCCUGUAACGACUUCUUCUUGGAGUACAACGAAAAGGCGGAGAAGAAGAAAUGAGCGGCUGCGGCUGCGGCGCACGGGCCCCCCGCUGUGCAAAGGCACUGGCUCCAGGGAGGAAAGCGCUGUGCCACGGACUCCACGUGCACCAACAGACACACACACACACACACACACACACACACACACACACACACACCUGAUGGCGACAUCAGCGCUAAACGUUGGGUGUUUGUGUAUUUCUCUACAAACCGCCCCCAUCACUUACAUGCAACUUGUGUUCAUUGCAAAUGUGGAGAGUUGAUGUUGGUUUCAACCUGUCCUCGUGGAACAUGCCACUGAAAUCCUCGUUGUGUUUGUUUCCGUGUAUUUUGUAAGUCAGUCAAUCGAAGGAAUUUCCCCCUGGACAGAAUAAAUGUGAUCUUUACUCAACCGAUAAUACUGGUUAUGCUUUAUUACACAUGUCGAGCGCUAGGUGGCAGCAGUUGGCAUUCAGUUUAAACCCACAGCAGGAACUCUGGGAUUCCUUCGCUUGGCUGCUUUCAGCUCAAACGGUGGCAUCAACGUGAACUUAAUGUUCCUCACUAAUGAACCCACAACAUUCAUCUAUUCAUCUAU